AUGAGCAACCUUCCCAUCAUGUACCUUCUCCUGCUUCUUCUUGGAUUCCAAGCCCCUCAGGCACAGGGGCGGCCCUUUCCGACAUACCAGCUGAACCAAUACUUGGCAAAGAUUGAUGAAAUUAUGCAGAUCUUAAACAAGUUACCCUUGCCUUCACAGGAUCCCUUGGACCCAAAUGAGACAGAGAUCCUGAGGGAAAACACCCUUCUGAGGCCAAACCUGGAUGCAUUCUUAAAAGCUGCAGAAAAUUUCCAUGAAGAUGGACUGCUAAUCCGGAAAAAUCUUAAGGAAUUCCUGCCACUCCUGCCCACUCCCACACCCAGGGGAGACCCAAUCCAUAUCGAGGAGGAUAACUGGGUUGAUUUCCAAAGGAAACUGACUAAAUAUCUGGAAAUCCUUGAUAACUUUCUGAAUUUCAAGGAGAAACACUGAGUCCUAGAAUUCUCCAUCUGAUACCGCUCCUUCUCUGGGCCUUCUCACCAUGGGGCCU